CCGCGCACCCGGGCCCCGCCGCGCCCGCCGCCCCCGCCCCGCCGCCUCCUCCCGCCGCUCCGGGCAUCCUCAUCGGCGACCGGCUCUACUCCGAGGUGUCGCUGACCAUCGACCACUCGCUGAUCCCCGAGGAGCGGCUCUCGCCCACCCCCUCCAUGCAGGACGGGCUGGACCUGCAGUGUGAGACCGACCUGCGCAUCCUGGGCUGCGAGCUCAUCCAGGCGGCCGGCAUCCUGCUGCGGCUGCCGCAGGUGGCUAUGGCGACGGGGCAGGUGCUGUUCCAUCGGUUCUUCUACUCCAAGUCCUUCGUCAAGCACAGCUUCGAGAUUGUUGCUAUGGCCUGCAUCAAUCUCGCGUCCAAAAUCGAAGAGGCGCCUCGUCGGAUAAGGGACGUGAUCAACGUGUUCCAUCACUUGCGGCAGUUAAGAGCAAAAAGGACUCCAAGCCCACUGAUACUUGAUCAGAACUACAUAAACACCAAAAAUCAAGUAAUCAAAGCAGAAAGGAGGGUACUGAAGGAGUUGGGAUUUUGUGUUCAUGUCAAGCAUCCUCAUAAGAUCAUUGUUAUGUAUUUACAAGUCCUAGAAUGUGAACGUAAUCAAACCCUGGUACAGACAGCCUGGAAUUACAUGAACGACAGCCUCCGGACAAAUGUGUUUGUUCGCUUCCAGCCGGAGACCAUCGCGUGUGCGUGCAUUUACCUCGCUGCUAGAGCCCUGCAGAUCCCGCUGCCUACCCGUCCUCACUGGUUCCUGCUCUUCGGCACCACGGAAGAGGAGAUUCAGGAGAUCUGCUUAACAACUCUGAAGCUUUAUACCAGAAAGAAGCCUAAUUACGAAUUUCUGGAUAAAGAAGUAGAAAAGAGGAAAAUGGCACUACAGGAAGCAAAACUGAAAGCAAAGGGUUUAAAUCCAGAUGGAACUCCAGCACUCUCAACACUGGGUGGCUUUUCUCCUGCAUCCAAACCAUCUUCCCCAAGAGAAGUAAAAGUAGAGGAGAAAUCUCCAGUGUCUGUGAAUACCAAAACCAUUAAAAAAGAGCCAGAAGAGAGGCAGCAAACCUCCAAGAGCCCUUACAACGGGCUGAGGAAGGAGAGCAAGAGGAGCCGCAGCAGCCGCAGCGCCAGCCGCUCCCGCUCCCGGACAAAGUCCCGCUCGCGCUCCCACAGCCCCCGCAGGCACUACAACAACCGGCGGAGCCUGUCGGGCACCUACAGCUCCCGUUCACGCAGCCGCUCGCGCAGCCACAGCGGGAGCCCCCGGCGGCACCACAACCACGGCUCGCCCCACACCAAGGCCAAGCACGGCCGCGAGGAGCUCAAGGGCAGCAGCAGGCACGGCCACAAGCGGAAAAAGUCCCGCUCCCGCUCGCAGAGCAAGUCCCGGGAGCACUCGGAGGCGGCCAAGAAGCACCGGCACGAGCGCAGCCACCACCGGGAGCGGCGCGAGCGCUCGCGCUCCUUCGAGCGCUCCCACAAGGGCGGCAAGCACCACGGCAGCGGCCGCUCGGGCCACAGCCGGCACCGCCGCUGAGCCCUGGGACUGCUACUGGGGCUGGGCCAGCUCCAGCACCGGCACCAACCUCUCAGACUGCGGGGCUGGGCCAGCUCCAGCACCGAGCCCUGGGACUGCAGGGCUGGGCCAGCUCCGGCACCGAGCCCACGGACUGCAGGGCUGCAGCAGCUUCAACCCCAUCUGGUUUCCUAAAAGGUGUAGAAGAAUUUUUCUUCUCGUGGGAAAGAAACUGUUACCAACUUUUGCACAUAAUACCUUAGCAGUAUCCCAGAGGUGGCAAACGAUCAGGUUCACUGUAUGUAUUAGAGUUGUGUAUUGUUUAUUGAGCUGAGAACUGGAGAAAGGAUUUCUGUAAAAAAGCAAAACGUACAUUAUUUUUAUACCAGUCAAUUGCAGACGCUUAUAUUUAAGUAUAGUUAUUUGUUUAAACAUGGUGGAGACUUUCUUACACUGGUUUUAGUCUGCAUGUGUUCAAAGAUUUUUACAAAAAAUAAAAUAUAAA